AUGGUUGAAAGUCUAUCGUGUCCCGUGUGGUACUAUGAUGAUAUCACCGUCUGUUCCAAAGACCGGUAUUUCAACUACCUUCUCCCGCUCAUCACCCUUUGCAUAUCCGCGGUGGUAUUGGCAAUCAAAACCUCCCAGAGCGUAUUGAAACGCCGAAAACGCAUCCAAUUGACCGACGAAUCCAGACCACUCUUGGCCGCUUCCUCCGGUGUUGCCAAGUAUAACGAUGAUAAUGACAAAGACGAUAUUUAUAAGGAUAUUAAAUCGAAACACUUUGAUUUGACGAGAUUGCAAAAUACCGAUGAGAAUGGUCAACCCCUUGGCCACUACAUUGAGGUGCCCAAGGAUACCACGGAAAAGGUUCGCCUCGUGGUGGAAUACCUCAUAUUGGCCUGCCAGCUUGGUGGUGCCGUCGUGGUGUUUUUUGUACCCGAGUUGCAUGCAGAGUUUGGUGCCAGAAAUUCCAUUGUCAGAUUGGUAUAUUGGGCAUACCUUUUCGCCAUUGGCUCCGUGAGAAUCAUCAACAUCUCUAAAACCCACCUCAGACUUCCUAGCUUGUUUGCUCAUACCUCCGUGUUAAACUUUUUUAAUUUGUUCCCAGCCUUGUUGGUUUUCCGGUCGGUCUUGGUCAAAUCCUAUCCUACUUCUGUGUUUGUGUACUACGUGAUCAACUUUGUGUUGAGUGUUAGUUUGUUUUUGUUGAACUUCACCUCACGGUUCGGCGACAAACCCGCUUCUGUCUACGUCACCAACGACAAUGCCAUGUCUUCUCCCGAGACAACCUCGAGUAUCUUCUCGUUCAUCUCGUAUUCGUGGAUUGACAAAUUGGUAUGGAGUGGUUACACUACCUCGUUGAAGAUGGAUGACAUCUGGAGUAUGAAAGGUGAUGACUACUCGUUACUGGUGUUGAAAGGGUUCGAGGCUGCUAAAUCUACCACCAAGUUCUCCGUCAAGGUAUUCAGUCACUUCAAGUUUUUGUUCUUUUUACAGGCUCUUUAUGCGGUUUUGGAAUCAUUUUUGUCAUUUGUUCCUACCUUAUUGUUGAAAAGUGUGUUGGAAUAUGUGGCUGAUCCUUCUUCCCUUCCUCCUAACGUGGCUUGGUCCUUGGUGAUUUUGAUGCCCAUUGUUAAAAUUGGGGACUCCUUAGUUUCGGGGUGCUCGCUUUUCUUGGGAAGAAGAGUAUGUGUUAGAAUGAGAUCAGUGCUUAUUGGUGAAGUGUACGCCAAGGCCUUGAGAAGAAAAAUCACUGUUUCCAAGGUGGCUGACGAGAAGGAUGAAGAUGCUAAGAGCGACAAGUCUAUACCCGAAGAAGAUAAAGAAGAGGUCGAAGAAGAAAAGAAAACGGCCGAAUUGGGAGCUAUUAUCAACUUGAUGGCCAUUGAUGCUUUCAAAGUGUCUGAAAUCUGUGGUUAUUUGCACUUUUUCACCGGAUCAAUAUUGCUGGUUUUCAUUUGUCUUUUCUUCUUGUACGAGUUGCUUGGCUGGUCUGCUCUUGCAGGUGCUGGUAUUCUCAUUUGUUUGUUACCUAUCAACUACAAAGUUGCUAUUUGGUUAGGAAACUUGCAGAAGAAAAUGUUGGCUAUCACUGAUAAGAGAAUUCAGAAAUUAAAUGAAACUUUACAAAGUAUUAGAAUCAUCAAGUUUUUCGCUUGGGAAGACAAAUUCUUUGAAAGUAUCAUGAAAUUAAGAGGUGAAGAGAUUCAUCAAUUAUUCUUACGUUGUAUCUCUUGGGCUAUCAGUUCCAUUCUUUGGUUCUUAACUCCCACUUUGAUUACCUUGAUUUCUUUCUACUGUUACACCAUCAUUGAAGGUAAUGUCUUGACUGCUCCUAUUGCUUUCACUUCUUUAUCCUUAUUCACUUUGUUAAGAGGCCCAUUGGAUCAAUUGGCAGAUAUGACCGCUUUGGUUAUCCAAUCCAAAGUCUCCUUGGAUAGAGUGGGUGACUUUUUGGCUGAGGAUGAAACCUCCAAGUACGAACAAUUGACCAACAGACCAGGUCCUGGUUCUCCAACUGUUGGUUUCGAAAAGGCUACUUUUGUUUGGAACAAGUCUGAAGAGGGUUCUUUCAAAUUAAGAGAUAUUGAUAUUUCUUUCAAAGAAGGCCAAUUGAAUGUCAUCUUUGGCCCAACUGGAAGUGGUAAGACUUCUUUGUUGCUUGCCUUGUUGGGUGAAAUGGACUUAAUCGAAGGUAAGGUUUACUUGCCUGGUAUUAUCCCUAGAGACGAAUUGAUUGUGGAUCCACAUACUGGUUUAACUGAUUCUGUUGCCUAUUGUUCUCAAAGUGCUUGGUUAUUGAAUGAAACCAUCAAGAACAAUAUUGUUUUUGGUGCUUCUUUUAACCAAGACAGAUAUGAUAAGGUUAUCGAUGCCUGUGGUUUAUCUAGAGAUCUUCAGAUCUUGUCUGCUGGUGAUGCCACUGAAAUUGGUGAAAAGGGUAUUACCUUAUCUGGAGGUCAGAAGCAAAGAGUUUCUUUGGCCAGAGCUUUAUACUCUAACUCUAAAACUAUCUUAUUGGAUGACUGUUUAUCUGCAGUUGACUCGCACACUGCUUUAUGGAUUUAUGAAAACUGUAUUUCGGGUCCAUUGAUGGACAAGAGAACAUGUAUUUUAGUUUCUCAUAAUGUUGCUUUGACAGUUCAAAAUGCAGACUGGGUGGUUCUCAUGGAGAAUGGAAGAGUCAAGACACAGGCCACCCCAUCUCAAUUGUUAGAAUCUGGUGCCUUAGGUGCUGAUGACUUGGUGAAGACAUCUGUUAUGAACUCCAAGAACCAAUCUUCUCUGGAUCUUACUGCUUUGGCUACCAAAGAAGCAAGAAACACCGAUUUGAAAGCCAAAUCCGACAUCAUCGAUUCUAAAUUGAAGGCAUUGAAUGGUGCUCAUACGGAAGAAGCUGAAAUUACUGAUACGAUUAAGGCCGAUGGUAAGCUAGUUGAAGAAGAACAAAAAGCGGAAGGUGCUGUGUCUUCUCGUGUUUACAUUGAAUACUUGAAGUUCUUUGGUAGCUUUCAAGUUUGGAUGGUUUUUCUCUUCCUCUAUGGUGGUUCUCAAGGUGUAUACAUUUUCCAGUCCUGGUGGUUGAGAAAAUGGUCCAUGGAUAGUGAAAACUCUUCUAGUACUUCUUAUGUUGUGUCUUUUGCUAUGAGCACUAUUCAACCUGUCUAUGAUGGUGUUAAGAACAAUUUUGUUGUGCAAUCCCUUGUUAGCACUACCGAUGCCAUCAAUUCUUAUAAGGAAGAAAACUCUUCUUUCUUCUAUAUGAUUGUCUACGGUAUUAUUGGUAUGAUUUAUACCAUCAUGGCUAGUGGUAGAAUGUUGUACACAUUCUAUAUUGGAAUCGAUGCCUCCAACAGAAUGUUUGUCAAAGUGUUGACUACAGUUUUGGGUGCCAAGUUAAGAUUCUUUGAUAAAACGCCAAUUGGGCGUAUUAUGAACAGAUUCUCAAAGGAUAUUGAAGCUGUUGAUCAAGAAUUGACUCCUUUUGCUGAAUAUGCGUUCAUCUGUUUGGUUCAAUGUGUCUCGACCUUGUUCCUUAUUACGUUCAUCACUCCUGGUUUCUUGUUUUUUGCUUUCCUUAUCUCAUUCAUUUACUACGUCAUUGGUUUAUUGUAUAUCUCUUUGUCAAGAGAAUUGAAGAGAUAUGAGUCGAUUUCCAAAUCUCCUAUCCAUCAACAUUUCAGCGAAAGUUUGGCUGGUAUUGCUACUAUUAGAGCUUAUGGGGUUGAAUCCAGGUUCAUGAAACAAAACUUGUCGAAGAUUGAUACCAACAAUAAACCUUUCUUCUAUAUCUGGGUUGCCAAUAGAUGGUUGAGUUUGAGAGUUGAUAGUGCUGGUGCCUUAGUUUUGUUUUGUGCUGGUGUAUUUGUGUUGUUAUCAGUUGGAAAGAUCGAUGCUGGUUUAGCCGGUUUGUCUUUGACUUACGCUAUUGCCUUCAAUGAAAGUGCCUUAUGGAUUGUGAGACUUUAUUCGAACGUGGAAAUGAACAUGAACUCGGUAGAAAGAUUGCAAGAGUACUUUGAUAUUGAACAAGAACCUCCUUUUGAAAUCCCCGAAACCGAACCAAGAUCUACUUGGCCUGAAAAAGGUGAAAUCGAAGUUGAAGAUGUUUCUUUGAGAUACGCUCCAGAAUUGCCUAGAGUCAUCAAGAACAUUUCUUUCCAUGUGAAUCCUAAGAACAAAAUUGGUAUUGUUGGUAGAACUGGAGCUGGUAAGUCAACUAUCAUCACCGCAUUUUUCAGAUUCUUGGAUCCUGAGACUGGUAGAAUCCUUAUCGAUGGAGUGGAUAUAUGCAAGAUAGGUUUAAAGAACUUAAGACAAGCAAUCACGAUUAUUCCUCAAGAUCCAACUUUGUUCACCGGUACCAUCAAAACCAACUUGGAUCCAUUUGACGAGUACACUGAAGCUCAAAUGUUCGAAGCUUUAAGAAGAGUUAACUUGGUUUCGUCUGAGGAAUUACAAACCGCUUAUAAUGCUACUGCAUCUUCCUCCUCAUCUUCGGCACCCGAAGAAAAUGUUAACCAGUUUUUGAACCUUGAAAGUUCUGUCAGUGAAGGCGGUGGAAACUUGUCGCAAGGUCAAAGACAGUUAAUGUGUUUGGCCAGAUCGUUGUUGAGAAGUCCUAAAGUGAUUUUGUUGGAUGAAGCCACUGCAUCUAUUGACUACGAAUCCGAUGCAAUGAUCCAGCAGACCAUCAGAGAAGAGUUUUCGAACUCGACUAUUUUGACAAUCGCCCACAGAUUGAGAUCUAUUGUUGAUUACGACAAGAUCUUGGUUAUGGACGAGGGUAGAGUGGUGGAAUACGAUGAUCCCUACACCUUAAUUGCCAACAAGGAAACUUUAUUCCACAGCAUGUGUGACAACAGUGGAGAAUUGGAUACUUUAACCAAAUUAGCCAAAGAAGCCUUUGUUUCCAAGAAGAACGCCCAAAGAUAA